AAUAGUAAGCAAAGAGGAAAUGUGUUUAUCUGAAUUAUUUACAACCUACAUGAUCAACGCUUCGAGUCGUUUAGACCUUAUUAUAAAAGAUUUCCUCGUACCUAUUAAAGCUACACUCAAGGAAGACGUUCUAAUCAUAGAUUUGGUAGAUGCCUCUUUACAAACAAAUGAUAAAAACUUCAAAAUACCAUCACAUAAAAGAAUUGUCAGAAUUAACAAAGAAGAUUAUAAUGGUUUGGGAAUCAGUAUAAAAGGAGGUUGGGAGAACAAAACACCAAUCUUAAUUAGUAAAAUAUUUAAAGGAAUGGCUGCUGACUUAUCUGGUCAAUUGUUUGUUGGAGACGCAAUAUUGACUGUUAAUGGAGAAGAUUUGAGAAAUGCAAGUCAUGAUGAGGCAGUUAGGGCUCUUAAAAGGGCAACAAGCACUGUUGAAUUAGUAGUAAAACACCUUCGAGAACGAUACAUCCUGUUAAAAUCAUGA